AUGGCAAAUGACCGCAGCCCCUGGCGUAAUAUCCACAUUUACAACGCGAGUGAUCAAACGCUCCUGGCGGGCCAUUGCCAAUCUGGCUCUAUGACUGAAGAAAAUUUGCUCUUCACUCUCAAGAAUAUACUGCUGGUCGUGGACCAGCCGUGGACGUUGAGACACAGAGCCUCUGGGAGGGCUAUUUUGCCCUCGAACAAUCGGGCUGAAACUGGGGAUUAUGAUGUCCAUUGCGAUGGAGCUAUCCGCCUGACAGACGAAGCGUGGGUUGCUCGAGUGAUGAGCCGUUCUGACUCGGGCCGAGAAAAUUCAUUCCGAAACGGGAUCCGGUCAAGAGACGGGAGAUGCGUCAUUAGUGGGCUGGUUAAUCUCCUCGCCCCGCAUCGCUGGACAGGAUUCGAAGCCGCACAUAUAUUCCCGCUGGAGAAGGAGGCACUCUGGAAGCAAUUUGGCUAUGGGUGUUGGAUUACAAACUCCGAAGAAGCAUCAGGAAUCAAUUCCACCCAGAAUGGGUUACUUAUGUCAUCACAUUUGCAUACGUGCUUUGAUCAAUAUCUGUUUUCCGUCAAUCCAGAUACUAAUACACCAAAGAAUGACUACAAGAUUACCACAUUUGUACCGGACACAUGGGGAAUCGAUGGGCGAGUACUUCACCCUGUUUGUCGUGACCCAAACAGCCCUGAUUGCGUCUCAGAUAAUUUAUUACGAUGGCACUUUAGACAAUCGGUCCUUGCCAAUAUGCGAGGAGCAGGGGAGCCUAUUUUUGAAACCGACUUCCCUCCUGGUACUGAUAUGAUGGGAACACUGGUUGACGAACCAUACGGUAAAGAGAGGUUUGAAAUGGAGAUUGAGUCAAGGCUAAGGUCUGCAAUCAGGGACCAGUAUUAAGACUUUUCUUUUGGGCUGGUUUACAUUUGCAUUAUCAGAGCGAUGUGUCAUACCUGUGUUUAGGCUGAGUAGAUGAGGCGGCUCGCUAAGGAUGUGACGGUCAAUGAGGAAUCCAAAGCAUGGGUUUUUAAAACACAAAGGAAUAUAAAACUGGACCCUUAGGCCAUUUGCCCACGUGAGUUUUCACUUCCUAAAAUCUUCUACAAGUCCUCGCGACUAUAUGGAAAGCAGUGCGGAUUAGGAAUGCCUUGAGUUCUACGAGCGGUCACUUACCUUGCAGAGACACUCUAUUCAGGCUUUAAGUUUUAUAGCUUACUUUCUAUAUUUUUCAAGUGUUUCGUUGGCACUUUAUAGGCCUCUUUUGCUAUGGAAUGUUUGGCGUUGAUCAUGACCAAGUCGGAUCCUGCAAUGUGUUUCACCCUCAGCUGAAUUCCUCGCUAUAGGCAUAUCUAUGGAGCAUAUAUUAUGGAUUGACGUCAAUGAGUUAAUCAGCCUGGGUGAUCCCAGAUCCCCAGGAAGGAAAUGUAUGUAAACAAGUCUGAUGGCAAUUGACACAAUUAAAUACAUACAUAGGAAAGAACGGGAGAAUUAUAAACAGGGUAUAUGGGAUCAAUC